AUGGCUUUUGCCGUCGCAAAGCUGGCAUUGGCUUCCCACAUAGGGGACUGGAUACCCGAAUUUCCGGGCCAGAAGAAGCCUCACGGUCGAAACUCAAGGUCGCUGACUCACGCUGUUGAAACAGGCUACGAGCUUUCCGACUUCUAUCAAGACGACGACGAUUGGGACAAGGUCUCCAUCGCCUCUGUAAAGUCCUUCGACAGUAUCAGCUCCGUCAAGUCCUACAAGUCAACCGACUUCGAUUACCUGCCUGCAUCCCCUUAUCUUCACAACACUCCUGUCAAGAUGGCUUCCAACGACGAGUGGGGCAACGGUGCUCCUGGUCCUGCUGAUGACAUGGGCGACGCGGCUGCCCGGCAUGGCGGUCAUGGUGGUGGUGAUGGCGGUGAUGGCGGUGAUGGCGGUGACCGUACUUGCAACAACUGUGGUGAACCCGGUCAUAUGCGCCGCGAAUGUCCCUCUCUUCCUCCUAUGGUUUGCAACUUCUGCCACGAGGAGGGACACAUGCGACGUGAUUGCCCAAACAAGCCCGCAGAGGUCUGCCGCAACUGCCAGCAGGAAGGUCACCUCGUGUCCGAGUGCAACAAUCCUCGCAAGAUCGACUACAGUGGCGUCGAGGAUGUCACCUCUGAUGAGGCCUGGACGGCCAUGCAAGAUGCAGUUGAAGAGCGCGACGUGUUCGAUUUCAAGGAAGAGCUCCGCAAGUACAUGAAGCAUCACCCUGAAACCACUUACUUGGAUCUCGAGGAAGCGUUCCGCGCCCAGGACAUGAAUGUCUACUGCAUCGCCACCAAGCGCGAGCAUCUCCUCGACACCAUGACCAACAUGGACCUCCAGGGCAACCUCGGAAAGGAGUACACUGUCUCUUUCCGCUUCUCGCCCAAGCCUGAGCGCGAGCGCGAGCGUGAGACCUGGCCCAAGGAUAAGGAGGAAAACCUGGAGCGCCUCGCCAACGCCGGCGAACCCGCCCCUACUGGCAAGCCUCGUUGCACCAACUGCAAGGAGCUGGGCCACAUCUCAAAGAAUUGCACGGCUGACCGACAGGAAAUCGAAAAAGUCAGCAUUCGCUGCUACAACUGUGAUGAAGGCGGUCAUCGCGUCCGAGACUGUCCGGUCCCUCGUAAAGACAACCUCGCAAUGCUGACGGCGUUGAAUGCAACAAGUGCCAUGAGAUGCCUGAACUGCGGUGAGAUGGGCCACAAAAAGUACAAUUGCACCAACCCCCAUGUCGAUGAGGACGCCCAGGGCCACGAUGCCGGCGGCGGCGGUGGCGACCUGCCCGCUUCCAACGACUUUGGCGGCUCUGGCGGGUUUGACGAAAAGGCUAGUGCCGAUCAAGCUCCAAUGUGGCAGACUGCCACUGGUGGUGGAGGUGGUAACGACUGGUGA